UGAGGCACAUCAUUCUUCAGGCGUCACCACCGCCGACACGAGCUGGUUGUAGUCUCUACGAAGACCAGUAUCGGCUAGUUGUAGGGAUUGCGCGGUCUUUCCCCCUAAAUACGGUUUGAAUUCCCGUGCAACGUGCUGGCCUUUUGAGUGAAGCAGCCGCUUAGGCGUACUUUCUUUAGCCUCCCAAUGGCCGCCUGUCGCCUCCACGUGUCGCUACAAUGCGUGUCGUCCCAAGGACCUCACGCCUCGCUGUCUGCGGCACGUCAGCCGACCACGGCCGGCCAAUGGGCAUCAACUCCAUUGUCUUCGUGGUCAACCUCGUUACAGUCAGCACCGAGAAGAGAAUCCAGCGACGCGCCGUCGAAUCUUAGACGUCAGCGACGGUUCGCACGGCUGUCCGCUGCCGCCGCUUCGAGUGACGAGUCCUCCUCACCUGAUAAUGACUCUCCCGCUCCAACCGACAACGAAGCCGACGAGCUAACGGCGGAGUUUCUCCGCUUCGUGUCGGAGACGCAGCAGCAAUGGCCGCUGGCGGACAGAAACCCCACGGCGCUGCUUCCGCCCACCGCGGUGGUGCGCGCGCAGAUGGACGCGCUGAUGCGCAACGACUGGCCCGAGGCGGACAGCGGCGUGCAGACGGCGUUCAACUUCGCCAUGCCGCACAGAGUGGACGAGAUCCUGCCUGGAUCGGCCCGGCCUCCAGUGAAGGAGGCGCGAGCAUGGGACGCCAGCGAGCGGUAUCUCUCUGUGGAGGGAUUCAAGAAGCUGCUGCGGGAGCCCAUGUACGCUGCCCUGCUGCACUGCGAGGCGUGGGAGUUCGCCUCCCCCAUGGCGUUCCACGGCAAGAACGACAGCAAGGCAUUGCAGGCAGUCAAGGUCCGAGCAGCACCCACUGCCCUCGCCCCCACUUCGCCCGCCGCUGCUGCUGCUGCUGAGUCUGCAGGCGAGGCCAGUAAGGACGGGAGUGGCGGUGCUGCUGAUGCGGACUUGUUUGGGCGGACAAGAGAGUACACCUACACCUUCUGCUUGCAAAAGGUGUUGGAGGGAGCAUUCAAGGGAUGCUGGAUGGUGGUGGGCCUUCGCGUUGGCGACUAUGCCAAUGUUUGAACGCAUAAAUGAACCACCUCGCAUUUAAAGUGAAGAUUAAUACCGAUAGUCACUCCACGCAUAACCAAAUAUGUAACUGCUAAGGGAUGUCAUUUACGUGAUGGACCAACCAUUGUAAGUGGUAUGGCAGCAUUUGUGAUGUAGGUACCUAGCUUAGGUGCAUAUUAUCCUCCACUGAAGAUGUACGCAAAGGUCUUCUCAUUCUCAUUGGGUCUCUUUGUUUCCUGUUUUCAUUUUAGUCAUGGAUCUUAUCGUGUGUAAACCACAAGCUAGUGGCUAGACACAA